UUUCGAGGCAGCUGGCUGGCCGCUACAGGAAGCGGAGGGUGCUCCACGUGGGUUUCGGUUCGGUGUAGAGCCGAGCGGCUCGUCUUUUGCGGGUUAUGGCUGAGAGGAUCGAAGAACGCAUCGAGGACCGAAUCCCGGAGCUAGAGCAGUUAGAGAGAGUCGGGCUGUUCACUCGUAAGGAAAUCAGGGCGGUCAUUAAGAAGGUCUCAGCUCUUGAAUAUAAGAUACAGCGGAGAGCACUUCACAAGAAAGACUUCAUUAGUUACAUACAGUAUGAAAUCAAUCUCUUGGAACUCAUUAAGACACGAAGACUGCGCAUUGGAUAUUCAUUCAAGAAAGAAGAGAUUGAAUAUUCCAUUGUGCAAAGAAUCCAUGGCGUUUUCAAGCGUGCUACAACAAAAUGGAAGGAUGACCUUCAGCUGUGGCUGUCUCACAUUGCAUUUUGCAAGGAAUGGAACAAGAAAAUACAGCUGAGCAAGGUGUUUUCUUCCAUGUUAGCGCUUCAUCCCAACAAACCAGCUUUGUGGAUCAUGGCUGCAAAAUGGGAGAUGGAAGACCGCCUGUCAUCAGAAAGUGCUCGGCAGUUGUUCCUGCGUGCAUUGCGCUUCCAUCCUGAAUCUCCUAAACUUUACCAAGAGUAUUUUAGAAUGGAGCUGAUGCAUGCAGAAAAGCAAAGGAAAGAGAAGAAAGAAUUUGAGCAAGCAAAGAUAGAUUUAGGUGAGUUCAGUUUUUCUGAGGACAUUCUUAAUGGUGAACUGGCUAGAAUUGUCUACAGAAAUGCCACUGAAAAAAUAAAAGGUGCAGAGUUUGCACUUUCGCUUUUGUCAGUUGCAAAAUGUUUCGAUUUUACACAAGACCUUCAGAAAGAAAUUCUUGAAAACUUGCAGGCAAUGUAUGCCAAUGAUCCUCUUGUGUGGGAUUUCAUGGCACGCCGGGAACUGGAGAUGGAAUCCCUGCCUCCUUCAGAACAACCUAAGUCAAAGCAGUCCAAGGCUUUAGAGGUUGCCCGCAAAGAAGAACGGUGUUGUGCUGUAUUUGAGGAGGCAAUCACACACCUUCCCACUGAGGAAAUGUGGAAGUGUUAUGUCACUUUUGCCUUGGAAAGAUGUAACCGAAAGACCAACAAUGAAGAAUUAAGGAAAAAGAGACUGGAAAGGGUACAGAAUGUUUUCAGCCAAGCUCAUGAAUCACAAUUGCUGCCAGCUCCUCUCUAUAAACAGUGGAUUCAGCUCCUGCUGGAACUCGAUCAUGAGGACCAGGCCAGAGAGGUGGCUGCAGCAGCCACAAACCGUUUCAGCCAAUUGGUGGAUAUGUGGGAAAUGAGGCUGCAGUUGCUGCUGAAACUGAAGAGCAGUGAAGUGGCUACUUGUGCCCAGGAGGCUCUCAAAGUGGUUAAAGCUAAGGACACCUUGCCCCUAUGGACUUUAUGGCUAGAAUGGAGUGAAGGUGCCAGCAGUAAAGCAGAGACUGAAGCUCUCUAUCAGAGAUCUUUCCUUGCCACAUGUCCUGCUGACUCCAUAGCCUUGAAAGAAAAGUACCUUGAGUGGGCUCACAGAACCGGUGGCUAUAAGAAAGCAAAGCAAGUCUUCACCAGGCUGCAGGAAUGCCGCCCGUUUUCACUCCAGUUCUUCAAAAAAAUGAUUGAGAUUGAAAAGGAACGAGAAUCCAGUAAAAUAUUUAACAUCCGAGAAUAUUAUGAACGUGCCUUGAGAGAAUUUGGUGCUACAGAACCUGAUCUUUGGCUGGAUUAUAUCAAAGAAGAGCUGAAUCAUUCUCAAGGCAAACCAGAGAAUUGUGGCAGUAUUCACUGGAGAGCUAUGAAAAUACUGCAGGGAGAACAAGUGGAAACUUUUAUUUCAAAGUAUACGCUGUUGCAAGCUGGGCACCUGUGAGAAAUUAUUUUUUAUUCUAAUGGCAAAUUAACCUGUUAAUUAAACAGGUUAAAUUAACAACUAUGGAAACUCUUGGCUUUUAGUUGAGUCAAGUGUAUAAUGAAUGCUCCCUGAAUAAAUUACUUGCUACUAAAAAUUGCCUAACAUCCGUAUUCUCUCCACAUUACUGGAGUUAACAUAAAUGUAACAGUUUGAGAUUUUAAUUAAUAUACAUUUAUACUUUCAGGGAAAGUGGAAGAACAAACUUAAUUUUACAUUUAUUUUGCUACUGUUUUGUGAUAGGAACUAUUUAUAUUUUAUAUUAUUGUGAUAGAACUGGAUUUCAUUCUGGCUACUGAAUAGUUGUUGUUUGCCAAACAAAUGUAAAUGGUCACAUAGAGAUUGUUCCAGGAACAGCUAGUUUGGGGUGAUUUGUGUAAAAAGUAAAACAUGCAUGCUUGUUCCAGAUGGCAAACGGAAAUACAGUUGUUUUAGGCAAAAGUAUUUUGGUGCAUUUGGGAGGGAAGGAGAUAGGAC